AUGAUACUUUCUGUUUUGUCGAGCCCUGCUUUGGUCUCUGGUUUGAUGGUUGCACGUGCUAAAAAUCCGGUACAUUCCGUUUUGUUUCCCAUCCUAGUCUUUCGCGAUACUUCAGGUUUACUUCUUUUGUUAGGUCUCGACUUCUCCGCUAUGAUCUUCCCAGUAGUUUAUAUAGGAGCUAUAGCCGUUUUAUUCCUAUUCGUUGUUAUGAUGUUCCAUAUUCAAAUAGCGGAGAUUCACGAAGAAGUCUUGCGCUAUUUACCAGUGAGUGGUAUUAUUGGACUGAUCUUUUGGUGGGAAAUGUUCUUCAUUUUAGAUAAUGAAACCAUUCCAUUACUACCAACCCAAAGAAAUACGACCUCUCUGAGAUAUACAGUUUAUGCCGGAAAGAGAAGGGCAUUUUUGGUUAUCCCACAUUCAACUGACUCCCCUGCGGGAAGGACAUUGGUUUUUUGUUUUACAGCUGUUAGAAUGCGUUCUGCACGUGAAUCAGAAAAAGGAAGUGCAUUUCUAAUGGCUGAAUCCUUUACGGAUAAGGAAUUACCUUAUUUUCCGUAUUCGUCUGCUUCUUCUUCCUCGAGAAAUUUAGUAGGGGCAUAUGGAAAGGGCCUAACUGCUGUUUUAGUGCACUUGUGUCCAUCUGCUUUCUGCUUCACUUCAAAAGAAUGA